AAAUUUCCCAAACUCUUAUUUUUACAGCUUCCUUUCAAACCACUGUCUCUCUCUUUACAAUGACGGUAAAGGACUGCGACCACCACCACCACCAUUGCGAUCGUCACCGUCUCUACCGCCGCAUAGCCUGCGCCAUCUUCACCGUCGUCCUCCUCGUCGGAGUCGUGAUCUUCCUCAUAUGGGCCAUCCUCCGACCGUCCAAGCCGCGCCUCAUCCUCCAAGACGUCACUGUCUUCGCCCUCAACGUCUCCGCCGUCCCGCCGAUCACCAUCUCCGCCACGAUGCAGAUCACCGUCUCGUCCCGCAACCCUAACAGCCGCAUUGGCGUUUACUACCAGAAAAUGGAUGUCUACGCCGCCUACCGCGGCCAGCAGGUCACGCUCCCCACCGUGCUGCCGCCGACGUACCAAGGCCAUAACGACGUCGUUGUUUGGUCCCCGUUCUUGUAUGGCGACGCCGUGCCGGUGUCGCCGGAGUUUGCAGGGGCUUUGAGCGAGGAUAACAAUGUUGGAGCCAUGCUGUUCAGUAUCAAAGUCAAUGGGCAGGUUCGGUGGAAGGUUGGGAGCUGGAUCUCCGGGAGAUAUCGGCUGAACGCGAACUGUCCGGCGUACAUAAGGUUCGGCGACCCGAAGCAAGGGAUCGCCUUCGGACCGGCCAUGAAGUUUCAGUUCGUUCAAGCUUGUUAUGUCGACAUUUGACGUGGCAGAUAAUAAAUAAUUGUUUCAUUUUUUUUUUAAUAUUUUAAUUUCUCUUCCCAUCUUGUUAAAAACUCUCUAUGUAGUUGCCGUGCCAGCCAUGAGAAUUGUUGGAAUAUAUAUAUAAAUUACAUUAAUACAAUGUAGACCCUUAAUUAGAACGGUUCAAAAUACUGAAUCA